AUGGCUUACUUCAACCUUGCUAUUAACCCGAAAAAUGCAAUCAAAUCGAAAUCAAGCGGAGGAAAAUCUCCUAUCGAUUUGACUGAUUUUCAUCCAUCGAAUGGUAAAGCUAUUGGAGAUGAUUGGGAUGUUCAACCUGGAGAUGUGAUUGCAUGGAGUGAUUAUAGAGCAGACAAAACUUACUUUGUUGAUGAGCAACGUCAUCUAUUGAAGAACCAAGAUACUUCUGGUUCAGGCUACUUAACCAUUCCUCUUUCAAUAACUCGUCUUUUUCCUUCGGCUUUGAAACAUUAUGCAUCAUUACUUGGAAGUCAGUCUAACCUCGUGGCUGAAAUUGAACUUGGACCCACCGAUGGCAUCUUUGUCGAAAAAUUUGGUUCUCCAUUACCGGAAACAAUUCGUAAUAGAAACGAUAUUUCGUACAUGUACAAUCCUGAAGAAGGUACAUUCUAUGUUACAGUAGUCUCAAAUGAAAAAAAAGCUGCAUUCAUCGUCACGUUUAAUAUUCAAGGAGAAGAAACAUACAAAAAAUGGCCAGGUCGUUUGAAUAGUAAUUUAUUACCUUCUGGAUGGUCAUGUGAACAGCAUGGUUCUCUAUCUGGCGGAUCUCAUUCUUCGAAGGGUGCAUGGAAACUACAAGGACCAGAAAAAUCUAAAGAAGCAGUACUCGAAAUCGCAAAAAAAUACUACGAUGGAUUCGGAGUAAAUAUCAAUUGA